AUGAGUGCGAGUCCAAGCUCUAAGCCAACCUACAAACUCGAAGACAAUGAUGAAGAAUUGGUUCAGUGUAUAAAGGAAAUAAAGCGUAGGUUAGGAAAUAUGGAAAGCAUACUUGCCGAUAGUAAUGAAGCCAUGCGUUGUGAAUAUAUUUCGGCCAUUCUUUACACUUUGCUCUAUAUCGUCAAAAGAAUAACAGAUAAAGAGCUUACCUUAGCUCCUCAACUUGAAAUCAUUGGAGAAGAAAGUACUGGCUGGGUCAACUACGCAAUCAAAGCCUUCGAGGAACUUCUUUGCAUCAUGGAAGGGAAGCUACAUCAAGUGGUUAUGGGUUUCGCUCAGAAUCUAGUCCAGUGUAAAAGCGCUCUACAAGUUAAUAAAAAGAAUAGGAAACGUAAAUCAGGCGAAACGUUCGAAGAAGACUUUGACUAUAUCUACGGAAUCGUUACAACAGCCUCGGAAUGGUAUUUUAUUCUUUUUGCCUCAGAUGGGAUAUCAAGCACGAGCAAGGAUCCCCUCAAUAUUCGUUUUUCAGAAUCUGCUUUGAAGGAAGGAUUGGAUGAAGAAAAAGAUUUGUGUAAAAAUGUGAAGCGGGUUAUGAAGGUCAUUGUUGGACUGUUAAAGGAUAGGUUGGAGUAUAUGGAUGAAGAACCCGAUAGGAAGAAAGCUAGAAUAGAGGGUUACCGUUUGAAAAAAUAA